AUGACUGCUCAGGCUGCCUUGGCGUCGAUCUCUGGAUCCGUAGCUGGGGCCCUAAGUCUCGUCCCUUGGGAGAAAGCAAAGACUUGGGAGAUCGACCUGGACCUGAAUGCUCUGCAGAUGCUGAAGAACAUCGCCGCGUGGUCUAAGAUCGGCGCGGUCCGAGCUGGAGGAAUACAGGCUGUUUACCAGCCAUCAGCCAUCCAGCGCUCGCUCGGCUGGCAGAGCGAGGAGCAGGACCACACGAGGCCAUCCCUCGCACAGGAUUCGACCGGCGCCCAGAGCACCCGGGCGCCAUUGUGUCUCGCCGUGCCCCUCAUAGCCCUACGAGCACGCGAACGACCACCCGAUGCCCUCCGUGGCGUGUCUCCCGUCUUGCGCCUCCUGCCUGCCAGGACGCACAAGCACGCCCACCGUCCCCGCCGAGCCAAUCCUCACCGAUAA